CCAUGUGGAGAGCACUCCUCGGGACCACGACUCCGGUAGCUCUAGAUGCUCUGGCUCUGGCGUUGGCCCAAGAAAUACGCGUCGUGCUCCCGUGCUCCUUGUACAUCCGCAUUAAGUUGGCGCGUUUUUAUUACUCCGGACAAAAAGGCAAAAGUGUCCCAUCAUUCCCUGCUAUAUUCCCCCGAAAUCCGGCGAGUGUGUGUGCUGGUCUGGGGCAAGUGAAAUGUACGCAUCGUUCCGGCUUUCCAUCAUAACGUGACAACAAUUUUGAUUUGGCUGUGUGGCGCGAGUGCUUGUGCCCACCAACUUUGACUAAUGAAUAAAAGUAGACAGUGCAAAAAGUAUUUCUGUGCGAGCGCCAAAGACAACAGUCAAGGGAAAAGUUCUGAGAAGGAAGAGGAGUCCUAAAUCGUCGUUGCCAGGAUGCUGGCUCCUUUCAGCUGGCUCUGCCUUUUGGCCUACUCCAGUCUCGUCCAGGCGCGCAUUGGCUACUUCUGGCACAUCAGCGACCUGCACCUGGACACCUUCUACUCCACGCAGGGUGACAUCUACAGGAGCUGCUGGGAGUUGACCCGAUCGGUGGCCGGUUCCAGUGCCAACAAUGCGGCGACAGCGGCCCCUGGACCCUUCGGCCACUACAGCUGCGACAGUCCCUGGAGCCUGAUCGAGUCCGCAGUGAAGACCAUGAAGGCCAAGCAGGGUGACAAUGUGGAGUUCGUCCUGUGGACCGGAGAUGCCCUCUCCCACUCUGCCCAACCGCUUUCCGAGCAGAAGCAGCACGAGAUCCUGCGAAAUAUCACCGAGCUGCUGGGACGCAGCUUCUCCUCGCAGUUCAUCUUCCCGGUCUUGGGUCACGAGGACGGCAGUGGCAGCUACCGGAGAUUGGGCGAACUGUGGCGCCACUGGCUGCCCUCCGAGGCGCUGGUGACCUUCGAUCAUGGCGGCUACUACUCCAUCGAGCAGACAAAGAGUCGGCUCCGCAUCGUGGCCCUGAAUACGAAUUUCAUGCUACUCGAUUCCGACGUGGAUGCGGGUCCCAGGACGUCGCACAGUUUGCGCUGGUCAACGGAGUACUUUGCAGAGCCCAAGGCCUCCGUGAGCUCGGUUUCUGACGAGGACAAGCUGCUGGCGGAGCAACAGUGGCUAUGGCUGGAGGAGGUGCUCACCAAAUCCAGGGAAAAACAGGAAACGGUCUAUAUAGUGGGUCACAUGCCGCCGGGCGUCGACGAACGUCACCUGGGUCGCCAGCACAACAAGUUGACGUUCACCGAGCACAACAACCAGCGCUACCUGGAGAUGGUCCGGCGAUUCGCCCCCGUCAUCCAGGGCCAGUUCUUCGGCCACCUUCACUCGGACACCUUCCGCCUGAUCUACGAUGCCAAAGGCAAUCCCAUCUCGUGGCUGAUGAUUGCCCCAUCGAUAGUGCCCCACAAGGCCGGAAUCAGCUCAUCGAAUAAUCCCGCCUUGCGGCUCUACAAAUUCGAUACGGGAAGCGGCCAGGUGCUGGACUACACGCAGUUCUGGCUGGAUCUGCCGCUGGCCAAUCGGGCCAACGAGCCCACCUGGCAGGCGGAGUACAACCUGACGCACUACUACGGCCUGUCGGAGAUCUCCGCCGUGGCCCUCCACAAUUUUGCCGAGCGCUUCACGGGCACCGACGCCUCCUGGUUCACCAGAUACCACCGAGCCAACGCCGUGCGAUACCAUUCCGGGUCGGCCUGCCAGGGCCUCUGCAUGCUCAAUCAUUACUGCGCCAUCACGCGCCUGGACUACGAUGAGUUCCGGCUCUGCCUGGAGACGGAGCAGUUGGCGCUGCAAGGACACGCCCCCACGGCCCGAGUGCCCACAUCCUGGAGCUGGCUGCUCGCCCUGCUCGCCGUUUUUUAUGGCCUGCCCACGGCGGGGUGGUGGUGCUUUGGGGGGCGAUGCAACAAUUGCCACAUCCAGCGAAUUUAAGCGUUCUCGCUUGAGCGGAACCAUAUCAAUGUGGGGUUGAGCCCCAGGAUGCGCAGGCACUCAGAAAAAAAACGGAAGCUGUACGGAAAUUAUAAGGAAAUUAAAAGAAAAUGUCAGAUUCCGCUAGCCAAAAUUUUGACUUUUAAUUUUUGUAUUUUUACUUUUCCAUUUUAUUGCGAAGUAUAAUAUUAGUAUUAGGUAAUAAUUCCUUAAACUACUAUUAUUAAAAUAUCUUUGACACUUGGACUUUAGACCAAUUCUUUGUAAAUAUUUUAUUUCACAAGCUUUAAAAUUGAGUUUUUCAAAAAUUACUAAAGGGUAAAUUAUUCUAUACAAUACUUUCCUAAAAAAUAAAUAGUUAUACACUUUUAAAAAUUACUUAUAAGUUUUAACCUUUUUACAAUACUUUUUAAAAAUACUUUCCUAAAAAAAAAGAUAAAACAAAAUUUGUAUAAUUGUCUAAGGAAAUAUAAUUAUGAUAACAACCCUUCUUAUUUUAUUCCCCCUUUUAAAUUGUAUUAUUUUUUAAGUAUAGGCUUGAAACCUAUCUUAGGAUAUGAUAAAGCUAUUUGAAUAUACUUUUUCCAAAAUAAGUUCUAUAUCUUCCUCAUGAGAUAUUAAAACAAUUUCAUAUAAAUAAUAUUUUCUUAUUUUUUCCCAUUUUAAUAGUUUUUUUUUAAGUAGUUUUUGAAUCCAAACAUUGAAGCCAUUUUUGGAUAUGCCAAACCCAUUCAAAUUUCUUCUUUGUGAAAGAGAAAGUUUCUUUCCGCUUAGUCCCACAUCAUUUUUCUGAGUGCGCUGAUGGGGUAAUAGAUAGUAACGAAUAUAGGACGAGGAGGAGGAGGAGGAUAACUUGCGCCCGGGCUGAGCGAUUCCUAUAUACAAGUAUAGCGCUAAUUUACUCUCAAUUAUGCUGCAUGCGAGCCUGUGUGCGUGCCAUGUCGUUUGUGUGUGUGAUAUGAUUACAAAGGAACUCGUCUCUGCAUACGUAUUCGCGGAUAUGUAUGCCUCUAUGUAUAUGUGUACUGUAUGGACUUGGAUAUGUAUAUGUAUGUUUAUCUGGAUGUACUUAUUGUAUAUGAAAUAAACGAACAAUUUUUAAUGUUA